AAAACUGUACCUGCACAAACUUCAGGAUGGGAUUUUAUAUUUCUCUAUGUGUCACCAUCUUUCUCGUUUUGUUCUACUGCAUUUAUAUAUCUGAAAGGAGAAGAUCGGAGACAUUCCUUUUGACAACAUUCAAAGAUGGGGAUUGGGUCUUUGGAUCUACUAGUACUAGAGGACAUUACGCUUCUACCGUCCAACAAACAACUCCACACCUCAAUAUUUCGAGACCCGAAACCGCUGGUGUUACGAGCGAUAAGAGUUCUACGUUUUACAUCAUCGAUGCCUCAAGGAAAUACCAAAUAUGUGAUCGUCUGGAUGUCAUCAUCGAGGCCAGAGACAGUAAGAAUCAAUUAAAAGUAAACGGAGGAGAUUAUAUCCGGGUCAGGAUCUACAAUAAUGACCUUAAAGCCGGUGCAUCUGCCGAUGGAGAAGUUGCUUAUCUUGGAGAUGGCAAGUACAAGGCAUCGUUCACAUUACGAUGGGUCGGGAAAACCUUUGUUCGUGCAAUUCUCGUCCAUCCAGCCGAGGCCGUGAAUGUAUUGAGACGAGCACGGGAUACUUGCCCAACGAGAUAUGGCUACAAUGGACGAUUCACCGGGACGAUUGGAAAUAAAUCUGUUGUAGAAGACACCGUGUGCAACAUAAUUACUCCCGAACCCAAUCCCAUCGAAGUCGUGAGCGAAUAA